ACUAUUUGGCUCUUUAUGAGUUUACCGAAUGUGGCCAUCAGUCACCGCGGUGGAGCGGACCCAUUGACGUCACUCGUCCGCCAUAUUUGUCCUCCUCUGGCCGUCGACGUCGGAGACAUGAGGGGAAUUCGAUCCUUAAACAAUCUCUCUAAGCGUUGCUAUGCAGCUGUCAGGCCAAGUGAAGCGCUGACUGAGUCCUACACGGGAUACCAGUCGUCCGGAGUGUCGCUGCCUGCUCCUCAAAAUGUCCAGGUGUCCAAGCUCCCAAACGGGUUGGUGAUAGCGUCCUUGGAGAACUACUCACCACUGUCCAGCGUGGGUGUGUUUGUGAAAGCGGGGAGUCGCUAUGAGUCUGUGGAGAACCAGGGUGUCGCUCAUGUGCUGCGGCUGGCUGCCAGCCUGACCACUAAAGGCGUUUCUGCCUUCAAGCUCUGCCGUGGCGUUGAAGCACUCGGAGCCAAUCUGAGUGCUGCGCUGUCCCGAGAAACCAUGGUCUACACCGCACGCUGCUUUAGAGAUGACCUAGAUAACAUUUUGGAGUAUUUGGUCAACGUGACCACGGCACAGGAGUUCAGGCCCUGGGAGGUGUGUGACCUGACAUCCAGGGUGAUUGCCGACAAGGAUCGGGCCAAGCGAGCUCCUCAGCUAGGUGUGAUUGAGAGGUUGCAUGAAGCGGCCUAUAAAAACACCCUGUCCAACUCGCUGUACUGCCCAGAGCACAUGGUCGGAAAAGUCUCUCCUCAGCAACUGCACUCAUUUGUGGAGGACCAUUUCACCACCGGCCGAAUGGCUGUCGUAGGGCUCGGAGUAAAGCACUCUGACCUGACAGAGCUGAGCGAGAGGUUCCUCAGUGUCCGCAGUGGGGCUGGAGCGCCACUCGUUCAAGCGACUUACCGUGGCGGUGAGCUUCGUGUUCAGAACCAGGACAGCCAGGUUCAUGUGCUGGUUGUCAGCGAAGGCGGCGUGGCGGGCGGCAUGGAGGCCACCGCCUUUGCCGUGCUGCAAAAGAUCCUGGGAGUUGAACCACGCGUUAAGCGGGGCACUGGCAUCACCAGUAAACUGAGCCAGGGCAUCACCAAGGCUUCAGCCUUCAACGCCUCAUAUUCCGACUCGGGUCUGUUUGGCGUCUACACCAUCUCGCAAGCGAACGUCGCCAGAGAUGCCAUCAAAGUGGCCAUCGCUCAAGUGGGCAGCGUGGCCGAGGGCACCGUGACAGAGGAUGACAUCACAAGAGCAAAGAUUCAGGCCAAAGUGGAUUAUCUGCUGACAACUGAGAGCUCGGACGGCCUGAUGGCCGAGAUUGGCGCUCAGGCCCUGGAGACCGCAGCGUACCGACCGCCCGAGGCGGUUUUCCAAGCCAUCGAUGCCAUCACCCGGGAACAUGUGGUCAAGGCUGCAAGAAAAUUUAUGGCCGGCAAGAAGACAAUGGCAGCUCGUGGACAUCUUAUCAAUACCCCUUUUCUGGACGAGUUAUGAAAAACGUCUGCUCUAUUAAAUAAGAAACGCUUAAAGCCCACAGCUUCCUGCUGCGACUCAUUUUGUAUGACCGGCCAUUUACAGUGUAUCCAACAGCAGUAUCAUCACCUCCCCCCCUCCCCUUUCCAAAAAAGGGAGGAGCCCCAGACCAUGACGCUCCCACCACCAUGCUUGACUGUAGGCAAGACACACUUGUCUUUGUACUCUUCACCUGGUUGCCACCACACACGCUGGACACAAAAUAUUGACAUUUGGGUCCAAUUUUGAUAUUUUCAGUUGGGGUGUACUCACUUUUGUUGCCAGCAUUUUACACGUUCAUUGUUGUAUUUUGAGUUACUUUGAAGUAACAAUACAUUUACUUUGCUAUCCAAGCUCUACAGUGACUACUUAACAUUGUCUCAAAGUGUCAUUUCUUCAGUGUUGUCCCAUGACAAGAUAUAAUUAAAACAUUGCAGAAAUGA